AUGAACGACGACGUGGAAACGAAGCCCGACUUGCUGCCCAGCAUAAGCGGCAUCAAGGGCAGUAUAAUAGCGGCCUCUAUCAUAUCAACCCAGUUGAUUCAGAUGAUAUCGUACGGAGCGGGUAUCACUUCGGCUUUGUCGAUUGGUAAGUCCCUGGGAGCGUCGCCUGUGGAAUCAGCGUGGAUCGCAGCAGCGUAUCCCCUGACCCAAGGCACCUUUGUCCUGCUAGGCGGCACUGUCGGAGCUGUUUAUGGGCACAAGAACAUGGUAGUGGGUGGGGGUGCAUGGUGGGUUAUCUUCAACCUGAUAUCUGGCUUUGUCCGAGACUUCAAGGCACACUGCGCAAUGCGAGCACUGGCCGGCAUUGGCGGUUGA